AUGGGGAGCUUCAACGAGCGGGACCAGCCUCGCGCGCCCGCCGUACCCUCCGCGCCGUCCCCCAUGCUGCUCCCCUCCGCGCCCUCCCCCACUUCCGUCAACGCGAUUGGCCGAUCGCGCUCCCUCACAAACUCCUCUUCCGCCUCCCUCGUCGUUGCCUCUGUUCUCUCCGCAACCCGCUCCCCCCUCCCCGCUUUCCCGCGCCAAUCCUCCACUUCCUCCACGUCCCCCUGCCGCGCCUUGCGACCGUCGCCCCCCGCCGCGCGCGGAAGCGGCGGAGGGCGGGGGGAAGACCCUUCUGCGGACGUCUCCCGCGAGUUCCCUAACGGCGACUCGUACCGCGGGCAGUGGGGGGCGGCGUGGGACGUGCCGCACGGCGCGGGGUGCUACGUGUGGGCGGACGGGAGCGUGUACGAGGGGGAGUGGGCGCGCGGGGAGAAGCACGGGCAGGGGCUGUUCGUGUGGCCGUCGGGCGCGCGCUACAAGGGGGAGUGGGCGCGCGGGCAGAUGCAGGGCGUGGGGAGCUACUGGGGCGCGGACGGGUCGUUUUACACGGGGAACUGGGCUGGGGGCGUGAAGCACGGGCUAGGGCGCAAGCUCUACCCGAAUGGGGACCGUUACGAAGGCUUCUGGUCGUUCGGCGCGGCGCACGGGCCCGGGCGGUACGUGUGGGCGAACGGGAACGAGUAUUUCGGCGAGUGGGAGGGCGGCACGAUGAGCGGGUGCGGCACUUUCACGUGGGCGAGCGGGGAGCGGUACGAGGGCGAGUGGGAGGGGGGAGUGGAGCACGGCGUGGGCGUGUUCGCGUGGCGCGAUGGUAGCCGUUAUGAAGGUACGUGGAGCCGCGGGCUUAAGGACGGCAAGGGCGUGUUCUACCCCGCUGGGUGCGCGCGCGACGCAGGGGACGCUGGGGAGAGGGGGGAAAGGGAGGCGGGGACGGGGGAGGAGAGGGAUGGGGAUGAGGGGGAGGAUGAAGAGGGGGAGGAGGCGAAGGAGGAGGACGGGGAGGAGGAGGGUGGUGUUGAUGGGGACGGGGAGGGUGUGGAGGAGGAGGAUGAGGAGGAGGGAUGGGGAUUGGAAGGCGAGGAGAAGGGGGAGGAGAUGGGGGGAGAGGCUGGUCAAGGGGGUGCAGCGGGGAGCAGUGCUGCUGCUGCUGCUGCUGCUGCCGUUGCCGGUAUGAACGGCUGCAGUCCUGAUGACGUUGAUGGUGCUCUGGCGGCCGUUGCAGCACCAACGGCAGCGGCAGCGGCGUCAGGGGCGAGUGUGGCUGGUGCGAGUGCGGGUGAAAGGGCUGCUGCGGGGCAGGUAGCACCUGGUGCCAUGCUGCUGUCUAAGCAGGCUCCGGACCUGAGCUCAGGCUCAUUCAAUGCUGGCUCGGCGAGCUCAGGCUCGGGGAGGCUGGCUCGAAGGGUUGGUGCAGCAGCAGCAACAGGGGGAGGGGGAGGUACAGGGGGGUUGAAGGGCGCGCAGAGGAUGUUACAGAAGCGGCUUACAGCGGGGACGAGGGCGCUGGAGGUGGCACUGGGGCCCACGGGGAGUGUGUACCUGGCUGCUGACGCUGUCCCUGCCAUGCCCUUCCCUGACUCCUCCUCGCUCUCCCGUGGGGACGGCAGGCCAAGUGGGCGAGAGGGGGAAGGUGGUGUGGAGAAAGGGGCAGAGAGGAGGGAGGCGGAUGUGGAGGGAAGGGAGGGAGUGAGGGAGGAGAGGGAGGGGAGCGAGGAGAGGGUAGUGAUUGCGAUUGGAAGGAGGUCAAGAGGGGAAGGCAGGGGCGAGAGGAUUGCAGGAGAAGGAAGCAAGGGCAGAGGGCAGGCGAGCACUGGCGGGACAGUGAGUGACGCGGACAUGUGGCGGCCUCUGAUUGGCAGCGGUGCGGAGAGCAGCCAAUGGGAAGGAAACAGCGGUGAAGGGGCGGUGGCGGAUGGGAGGGAGGCAGGGGGGAGUGGAGCAGGAUGGAAGGAGCUGGAGAAUGGGGUGAUUGCCGGAGCGAGAGGGGCGAGAGGAACGAGGGAGAAGGUGAACGGAGAGCGAUGGGAGAGCGGGGCAGAUGGGGGACGUGACAGUGUUGGUCUGUGCCACGCGCGCCAGCCCAGUGAUGACUUCUUUAUUGGAAUGUCCUCGUCCAAUGGCAGCAGCACACGUGGCAGCCCUGGCAGCAGGAAGGGGGGGCGGAAGUGCUUGUCGGGGCCGCUGCAGGGGCGGGCAGGGCGGGCCAGGGAAACUGGGGAGGUGGGGGAGAAGGGGGAGAUGGGCGAGAUGCAAGGAGGGGAGGAAGUGGGGAUACAUGGGAGGAGGGGGCAAUGGCACAGAGGCAGACUAGGGGAAAUAGGAGGCACUCAGGUGGGGGAGGAAGAGGAGGAAGAGAAGGGUGUUGGGAGAAGCGCUGCUGUCUCUCGGCCAAUGACAGCAAGCCACGUGUCGGAGGUGGACAUGGAGGGGCGGCAGGACAACUGGAAGGUGUGGAGGGAGGAGGCCCCUGUGCGCUGGCACCACCACCUGGGCCUCCGCGCCCCCCUUGCUGCUCCCUCCCCCUCCCCCGCUGCUCCCAGUUCCACCCCUGGCCCUACUUCUUCCAGCGUGGGACCUGCUGCGUCCAACUCAGCAGGUGCUGCUGCCAGCUCAGCAGCUGUAGCUGCCAGCUCAUCAGCGAGUGGGGCGUCAGCAGCGGCGACGGGGACAGGUGGAGGGGAGGGGGUAAGGUCACCGCGGGCCAUCACACGUGCUCUGACCAUGGGGCCUGUGCCAGGGCGAGGGCAGCAGUACGCUGAGGGGGAGGGGCACAGUGGAGGGGAUCUUGGGGCGGAGGAGGAGAUGAGGGAGGAGGAUGGAGAGCAGGAGGGGCCAAGUGGGGAACAGUCUAGAGGGCCAGCGUCACGAGGGGCAGCGGUGAUGCUACCGAAUGGGAGAGGCGAGGGAGGGGUGUGUGAGGUGCAUGGCGGCGGUUCAGAGCAGAUGGUUGCCCCCUCGCAGUCACCAGGCUCAGACAUGCAGCAGCACGCGCGAGGGAGAGCGGACGGGGGCGCGCAAGGAGGACCAGGGGGAGGGAGAGGGACAGGGCAUGGGGAAGGGGGAGGGCAAGGGCGCGGGCGCGCAGAGGGGGGAAGGCGGGGGCGGGGGCGGGGGUACAGCAUGGGGCAGGUGGCGGGGGUGGAGGCGGUGGAGGAUGCAGUGAUGGUGAGGGAGUACGUUCAUGGCGUGCUGGUGGCGCAACAGCCCCUCUCCUCCCACUCCCAUCCCCCGCGGUGGCACGUGCCGAGGGGCAGGGAGGGCAAGAAGGCGGGCGAGCUGAUCUACAAGGGCCACCGCAGCUACCUGCUCAUGCGCACCCUGCAGCUCGGCCUCCGGUACAGUGUGGGGAGGAUCACACCGGACGCGCAGAGGGACGUGGGCCCAGGCGACUUUUCCCACUGGCCGGCUGUGCGCUUCCCCCCGGCCGGCUCAUCCACCACGCCGCCACACUCCAUGCACGCCUUCAAGUGGCGCGACUACUGCCCCGCCGCCUUCAGGGCCCUACGAGCCAUGUUUGGCAUAGACCCGGGGGACUACAUGGUGUCGCUGUGCGGGGAUGACGCGUUGAGGGAGCUGAGCAGCCCGGGCAAGUCGGGCAGCGUCUUCUUCCUCUCGCAUGACGACCGCUUCCUCAUCAAAACCAUGCGCAGCGCCGAGCUGCAGGUGCUGCUGCGCAUGCUACCCGCCUACUACCGCCACGUGAAGCACAAUCCACACACACUCCUCACCAAGUUCUUCGGCCUCCACGCCAUCAAGAUCUACCACACCGCCUCCUCCCACACCGCGUCCCGCCUCGCCGCCAAGGCGGGCGGGCGAGAGUCGGUCAUCCGAUUCGUGGUGAUGGCGAACCUGCUGGUGUCGCCGCUGCGCGUGCACCGGCGAUUUGACCUCAAGGGGUCCUCGCAGGGGCGCAGCACGGGCAAGGUGGCAGUGGAUGACACCACUACACUUAAGGAUCUGGACCUCGACCUCGCCUUCCUGCUGCACCCGCCCUGGCGCCCGUUGCUGCUGCAGUAA